GAUGUGAUGAGGACUGUAAUGAGAGAUAACGUCUGUGUACACGACUCCUCACGGAAGUACAAAUAUGGAGGACAAAACUGAGCAGACGUUUCCCUUCAUGGAUCCGACGAGGAUCAGCUUUCUGAAAAGAGUCAGCAUUGAAGGCCAGCUGAAAGACAUCCACCCCGAAGUGAGGGUGUGCAUAGACGGGAAUCAGAUACAAGUGGUGGGGUCAAGGAAAUCUGUGUCGGACACCGGAACCUUGAUUAACAACAUCCUGGAGGAGACUGACCUGUAUGAAAUGACAGUGAAGGACCCAUCGCGUGUCAGACUUCUCCAAACGGACGUAACGCGGAGAUAUAUUGGAGGCAAAAUGUUACAGAAAGGUCUUCAGGCAGUGUACGAAACUUGCAACGACAAGAUCAACGUCCGAUGCAAGCGUGGAGAGUUUGAUCGAGUUCGGGUGGUCAUAGACUCGGCCAUUGUCAGUGAAGAGGUUGAUGCUUCGGAAAAUGGUGUUGAUGCUUCGGAAAUUGGUGUGACACUCCGUCGCAGACUUGAAAACUUUAGAGAUUGUACGGAAGUGGACGACAAUCAAAUGUGUACUCGCAUCUCAGUACAUGCCGACAAAUACCAGCCCGUGAUGCAAAUCGUUGAUGCCGUGAAACAGUCGAGAAAGGAAAGGACUGCUGAUAGUGGGUUUGGAGACGGAGGAGAAUGUCAGGAUAAUGGUGGCGUAAGUCAGGAGAAACCCAACGGCCAUGGAGAUGAAUCAGUCUUGUACAGCGAAAGGUGUAAACUCCAAAUACCUGGCAUUGAAAAUAUUAUGAGGUCCGAUCGGUUUCAAGAACUUUUGGACGAAGCAGCACAAGGACAAAAUGCGUCAGUGGCAUCGUGUCAUGUCAGCGAAGAACAAGGGAAAAUUUCCAUCAAGGAGGGCAGGCUGGAGGAUAUUGGGUUCAAGGUGGAUGUGAUAGUCUGUGCAGCCGCCAGAAACCUGGACCUGAGUACUGGUGUGGUGGUCAAGGCUCUGUCCGAAGCUGCGGGACCCGAACUUCAGAAGCGUUGCGAAGAUAAAUUCAAGGUUGAGGAAAUGAAGACGACCAGUGUGACGGUGGUGCCACCCUAUCAUCUGAACUGCAACAAUGUACUCUUCGUUUGCCUCCCACACUGGGACAAAAGGCAGGAAACAGAUAGAAAAGAGAAAUACCAAUCAAUACUCAAAGAGUGCCUGGAAAGAAUAUCAAGAAUAGAGCCGGUUCCAUCGUCAAUUGCAGUUCCGGCUCUGGGCUGCGGCAAUAUUGGAUUUCCACGUGAACUGGUGGUGGACCUAAUGAUGGACACUCUGAAGCAGUAUAUACGGACACAUCAAGUUGAUGUACAUGUCAUCUUACCUCCUCACUCCCAGGAUAUAAGUCAGAUUUUUCAAACAAGACGGGAAGCGUUUCACAUCGGAGACAUCAGGCUGACUGUAAGAAGAGGGGACAUUCUGGAGGAACAGACAGAUGCCAUUGUCAACAGUAUAUCAGAGGAUCAGUCGCUCACUGGUACACUUUCAACAAAACUGGUAGAACGGUUUGGAGAAAAAUUCGAGGCGGACUUUGCAAAACAUAGUUCAACACUUCAAAGAUCAGGAUUAUCUUUUUGCAAGGCCUGUAAACCAUGGACUUGUAUAGUACAUCUUUUCGCCAAGGAGGAAGAACGGAACGGAUUGGGUGGGAGCAUUGCUGUCAUGCUUGAGAGAAACUUGGGAAAAAUUCAAACCAGCGUCUUUAGCUUUCCCUUGUUUUGGUGUGGGUUCAGGUAUAUCUCCUGAACAACAGUGCGAGUUUCUGUAUGAUGCCAUACAACAAUACCACGCGGGCUACUACAAGAAGAACCACGUCAAAGAUGUAAGGCUAAUAGUCUUUCAUGAAGGAGAAUUCGAUCG